GCGUCACAGCCACGCCCAUAUACCAUAUUAUUACAUCCAUCAACUCCUAUUCUCCUGCGGAUUGUCUUACGGCAGUCCUGAGGGAGAAGGAAGCUCGACAUCCGCCUGGUCUCUGAGAUGAAGCAGGAGGUCAGAGGGUCAUCUGCAGGGUCAGCGGUCUCCUGGCUGCACACACACAGCAGUCUCUCCACACAGAGAGAUGUUGGUCUUGCUCGAGCACACUUCGAGAAACAGCCGCCUGCAAACCUGCGCAAGUCAAACUUCUUUCACUUUGUUUUGGCUUUAUAUGACAGUCAGGGUCAGUCUGUGGAAAUAGAGCAAACUGCAUUUGUGGAUUUUGUUGAAAAAGACAAGGAACCAGUGAGUGAAAAAACAAACAAUGGAAUCCAUUACAAACUUCAGUUACUCUACAAUAAUGGUGUCAGAACAGAGCAAGAUCUCUACAUCCGUUUGAUAGACUCUGUGACCAAACAGGCAAUUGUGUUUGAAGGUCAGGAUAAAAACCCUGAGAUGUGCCGUGUUCUUCUCACGCAUGAGACGAUGUGCAGCCGAUGUUGUGAUAAAAAAAGCUGUGGAAACAGAAAUGAAACACCAUCAGACCCUGUCAUUAUCGACAGAUUCUUCUUGAAGUUUUUUCUCAAAUGUAAUCAAAAUUGCCUGAAGAACGCAGGAAACCCACGAGACACACGCCGUUUCCAGGUGCUGGUCUCCACCACAGCCUCUGUUAAGGCCCACAUUCUAGCCAUUUCGGAUAACAUAUUUGUCCACAACAAUUCAAAGCAUGGAAGAAGAGCAAGACGAUUUGAAUUGAUUGAAGCUGAGAUCCCCUGCAUUAAGGCCAUCAGUCCGAGUGAAGGCUGGACUUCAGGUGGAGCGUCAGUGAUUAUUAUUGGAGAUCAGUUCUUCAGUGGUCUACAGGUGGUUUUCGGAACAAUGCUGGUCUGGAGUGAGGUGAUCACACCACAUGCGAUUCGAGUGCAGACUCCACCUCGUCACAUCCCUGGGGUUGUAGAGGUCACUUUGUCCUACAAAUCCAAACAGUUCUGCAGGGGAGCUCCGGGACGCUUCGUUUACACUGCUUUAAAUGAGCCAACUAUUGACUACGGGUUCCAGCGGCUGCAGAAGGUCAUUCCUCACCAUCCUGGCGAUGUGGAAAGACUGCCAAAAGAGGUCUUGCUGAAGAGAGCAGCUGAUCUCAUAGAGACUUUUUAUGGAGCGCCUCAGAACAACCAGGAAAUUAUUCUGAAGCGUGCAUCUGACAUAGCCGAGGCAUUAAACAGCAUCCCUCGAAACCCAUCGCACACAAAUCCACAUGGGAUGAUGGCUGUAAACUCCUAUGAUGGUCAGUUAAGCUUGAACACAGAGGUUUCCCAGCAGGAUGCAGAACGAGCGAGUUUCAACAGGAGUUCAAACACUGGCUUUAUUGAAGGCAGCACAUCCCAACAGUCUGAAUUCAACAACACCAACAUGUGCAUGAAUGGACUCACACAUUCACACUCAAACACACACCUGUCCGGACACACACAAACACACACACGCCCCGCUGUGCCAAAUUUCUCUAUGGCUGCCACACAAGUGUUCAAAGACAAUCCCACAGUGGACACACAGCACUAUGUAGUGAAGCAGAAAAGUGCCUUUGCUCCAGUUCUGAAGCUGCACUAACAAAACCAAAUUUCAAGUCUUUCUAUCUGCAUGCAUUGCGUGGACUAAACACCAGUCAGACUCUCACGUGGAUAAACUGUCAAGAUGUAGAAAUGAAGAAGUCGUGCUCAUUGUGAUCAAGAUAUAACAACUUCUAUUUCUUCAUUCAAUAGUUCUUUCAGUUCAAGCAAUAUAAACAUACAAAUCUAUAUGUAAAAUUAUAAAAUUGUUGCUUCUGCAGCUCUCCAUUAUUGAUGUAUUUGUAUUGUGUUCAAGCUGUGAUUUAUUAAUAUUGUCUGUGUAUGGUUGUGUGUGUCUAACUGACUAGUACAUUUCUAUUCUAUCACUAUUAAAUGUUUGGGGUCAAUCAUUUUUCUUAAAAUGCAUUUAAUUGAUAUACAUAUUUAAUUGAUUAAUAUUGCAAACUUUCCAUGCAAUCAAAAUAACUGUAAUAGAUUAGAUUUAUAAGUAUAAUUUAUAAAAUAACUAAAAUAGAUUUAAAUCUCUUUUACAUCACACGAUCCUUCAGAAAUCAUCCAUUUGGUGCUUAAAAAACAUUAUUAUUAUAAAAGUUGAAAUGGCUUCUAGAUAUUUUUGCGGCAAAGGUAGUAUGUUUUUGACAUUUUUAGUCAAUUUGUCUUUAAAGUAAAAGAAUUAAAUGACAAAGUAAAAAAUAAUAAAAGAGUUCCCUUAACUUUUGAUUCAUUGUAACACUGAAAAAUUGUGCUAAAAAUAAUGACAUUUAUUUAUUAACCUACAACAAAACUUUGCUUUCACAAGUUUUACUUAUCUAUGAACUUCUAUAAUCACUGAACCAUCUGAUGACAAUGACACAAAGGAUUUAUUUUCAAGUGAAGAUUGAUAUCAGUCCAUGUCCCACAUGCUUCCUGGUUUCCACAAAUCUAUUCUUCAUGUCUCAUUAAAUUCUCAUCGAGCUUGAGUACUGGGUUCAGGGAGGAGGCUCUAUUUGUUUUCUUUAAGAUACUUCACUGAAUUCUCAAAUAAUCUCUUCGUCAUCCAUCUGGUUUUACUAUGAGGGGGAGACCUCAAAAUAAAGGCAAAUGCUGGAGAUUGUCUGCCAUAAGUCUGAGCGCAUGAGUGAGUUCUCUGUGUAUAAUAGAGGCGGCACAACUGUGUAAUAAUAGUGUCAUUGCCACAUAUAAUGUUCAUGCGGAUGUUCAGCACCCUUCACAAACAGUAUGCCAGUGAUGAAAAUAAAAUU